GCCUGGCGGAUGGGAUUAUUAAAGCUUCGCCGGAGCCGAGGCUCGCCCUCCCACUCCGCCAGCCUCCGGGAGAGGAGCCGCGCCCGGCCCGCCCGGCCCCCAGCCCCAUGGACCUCCGAGCAGGGGACUCGUGGGGGAUGCUCGCGUGCCUGGUCACCGUGCUCUGGCACCUCCCUGCAGUGCCAGCCCUCAACCGCACAGGGGACCCGGGGCCUGGCCCCUCCAUCCAGAAAACCUACGACCUCACCCGCUACCUGGAGCACCAGCUCCGCAGCUUGGCUGGGACCUAUCUGAACUACCUGGGCCCCCCUUUCAACGAGCCUGACUUCAACCCACCUCGGCUGGGGGCGGAGACUCUGCCCAGGGCCACUGUCAACCUGGAGGUGUGGCGAAGCCUCAACGACAGACUGCGGCUGACCCAGAACUACGAGGCCUACAGCCACCUCCUGUGCUACUUGCGUGGCCUCAACCGCCAGGCCGCCACGGCUGAGCUGCGCCGCAGCCUGGCCCACUUCUGCACCAGCCUCCAGGGCCUGCUGGGCAGCAUCGCGGGCGUCAUGGCAGCUCUGGGCUACCCGCUGCCCCAGCCUCUGCCCGGGACUGAGCCUACCUGGACCCCUGGCCCUGCCCACAGUGACUUCCUCCAGAAGAUGGAUGACUUCUGGCUGCUGAAGGAGCUGCAGACCUGGCUGUGGCGCUCGGCCAAGGACUUCAACCGGCUCAAGAAGAAGAUGCAGCCUCCGGCAGCCGCGGUCACCCUGCACCUGGAGGCCCAUGGCUUCUGAUCCCUGACCUUUACCACCGUCUCUUUCCCCUCCCCCUUCAAGCCCUGCUCCCACUCUGGGAGGGAGAAACGCGUACACCAACACUUGUUGAGCCAGGAGACAGAAGCCAUGAGCCUCUAGCCCUCCCUGGACUGGGAGGAGGGUGUGAUGCAAUAAGGCCCACCCCCUCCCCGCCUCCCUAAGCCCUACGGGUCUAGGGGAGAGGUGCAAUAGGCCCCAUCCCAUUUCCACAGGACGGGAUGCUCAAGGGAGCCCACAAUGGUUCAAGCUGGUGCAAGGCUCUCACAGCUUCCUGCUCCCUGCCCACCACUUGCCAGUGCCCACCCAGCCCCUCAAGUGGCACUGCCAGGAAGCGUGCCUGCAGGGCAGGGAGGGGGCCACCAUCGCACGUGCCUUUCUGGGGUGAAGCCCUUUGGCUGCCCUGCUCUCCUUAGAUGGGUGUUGCUCCCCUACCCCCAAAUAACUCAACACAUCCAAUUCAGGAAACAAGCACAGUGGCAAGUCCAAACAGGAAGAGAUGGGAUCAAAAAUGGAAGAGGUGGGAUCUGCAUUGGAGGUAAUACUGAAAGCAGAGGGGCGGGGACAGACUGGACCCAGGGGUCCCCAAGGCAGUCGGUGGCACACGGUGGCAACCAAAAGGACAUUGCCUUGAAUUUUCUUGCCAGCCCCAGGGUGCCUCCUCUCCGCCCCCUUUCCCAGGGUAUCUGUGGGUUGCCCAGGCUGGGGAGGGCAGCCAUAGCCACAGCCACAGAACUUCCUGAAAGUUUACAUUGCAGUAGCAUUUCGGGGUGCGGGGGGGCAGCUCCCCCAGGCCCUGCCCCCCAGCCCCACCCACUCAUGACUCUAAGUUUGUUGUAUUAAUAUUUAUUUAUUUGGAGAUGUUAUUUAUUAGAUGAUAUUUAUUGCAGAAUUUCUAUUCUUGUAUUAACAAAUAAAAUGCU